AGAUAAGUACACUGUGAAAAACUUCACCCAGCUGUCAUAUCAGCGUUCACUUCUACUUCCUAUUAUGUUCAGGUUCUGAUUUCGGAGAUCUCUAAACAAUCGCGAGCAAAAUUCCUCAUAGACAAUCAGGCAAUGGCACGGUACCUAACGAAGAUCGUGAUCCUGGGCGCCCAGGUGGUGGGGCGGGCGCUGAUGAAGACGCUGCGCCAGGAGCUGCAGGCCUUCGAGGACGCGGCCCGCAUGCACGAGACCAUGACGGCCAACUCGCGCGACAGCAGCAGCAGCUGUGGGCGGGUCAAGGGCAUGACCCUGGAGGAGGCCCAGCAGAUCCUCAACGUGAAGGACCUGGGGGACCGCCAGGCCAUCGACUCGCACUACCAGCACCUGUUCCGGGCGAACGAGAAGUCCUCCGGCGGCACCUUCUACAUCCAGUCGAAGGUCUUUCGCGCCAAGGAGCGCAUCGACCAGGAGCUGGCCAGGCUGGCGCAGUUGGCCAGGGCCACCGACAGUCAUCCUCCGGCCCCGUUCCCAUCUCCAUGCGAAUCCCAGUCCCAGUCGCAGUCGCAGGCCAAGCAGCCGGGCCAACAGAGCCGGUGACCAUUCCCAGCUGUGCCCCCGGCCUGGCUUUUUCGUGGCGCCCAAUCGAUCUGACCUGUUACCUCAUCCUCCAAAUCGUCGUUCAGCUUCUAGUGCAUGUGUAUAUUUAAAUCGUCGAAUAAAUAGCGUAAAACUUUUGUAAUAAAAAAUAAAGAAAAAAAAUAAA